AUGACAGAAAAUAUGAGCUCUCUCAGAAACCUUUUUCUUUACAAUUGUCUGUUUGCAUUAACUUUUUGGACCCAUGUCAGCCUGUCUGUAGAAAAUGAACUCUUUACAUCCGUUUCUAACGAUUUUCGAGAAGAUCAUUCUGACCAAAAAAUCAAGAUGCUGCCACUUGUCGAUAUAAAUAGACAUCAGUCCCAAGAUAAUUUUGACUGGGUUGUGAUACAAAAUACUACAGAAAGUCUGUCAUUGUCAGAAAUCACAAAUGACAAUGUAAAAGAGUUGAUAGCUUUAUUAUCAAGCUUCAGACAAGGCUCCAGGUUACAAAAUCUGACACUGACAAAUGUGUCGGUGAACUGGAAUGCUCUUAUGGACAUUUUUCAGGCUGCGUGGCACUCGUCCAUUGAAUAUUUCUGUGUUAGCAACGUAAUCCAACUGUCGGAAAUCGAACGCUAUGACUUUGACUAUUCAGGCAGCUCUAUGAAAGCAGUUACAGUGGAAAACUUCCAAAUGACAGAUCUGUACUUCACACAGAAUGACAUAUACAGAAUCUUUGCAAACAUGAAUAUUGACAGUUUGACAAUAGCCGGAGCAGAGAUGAUUCAUAUGCUUUGUCCUGCAUCUGACAGUUCCUUUAGAUACCUAAACUUUUUUAGGAAUGAUUUAACAGAUUUGCUUUUUCAAAAAUGUGGCAAACUAACUAAACUGGAAACUUUAAUCUUGCGGAAGAAUAAAUUUGAGAGCCUU